UUGCACAUGUAUGGCUCACGUCUUCCCCUGUUUGCGUUACAAAUUGCAUUCUACAAAUCAAAAUAAUAAAACAAACAAGAGAAUAGAGCCGUUGAUCAGGGAGAUGGAGUGUUUGAAAAGGUAGAUUAAUCAUAUAUUACGUACGAACUAUAAAUUGUUUUACGAUCAAAAUCAUAGAUUCAUUCGUAGGUUAUCCCGAGAAACACGCGAACAAUGUGGUGAGUGCAUCAUGCAAGCCUCUGCAAUUGUCUCUGUUUCUGUCUCUUUCUUCCCUUUUUCGGAAGUCAGCGUCACCGCUUCAUCAUCGGUGAAAUACCCAAAACCAGACACCGCGAUCAACUGAUUACAACAGUUUCUUCAUAGCGAGUUCUGUCUUCAAAAUCAUUGCUUUAUGUUGGUGUCUUUCUGGGUUGGUUGCUUCUUCCACAAUGGUAGAGAGAGAGAGAGAGAGAGAAAGAAAGGAAAGAAAGAGUUUGGAGGAAGAUAGAGCGACAUACUGAGAAGGGGGUCCUACUGCUUAAUUUUUUAGGGGCAUCAACAGUCUCUGUCCAUGAUUUUUACUUGGGUUGGGUGGUGCUGCUGUGUCCUCAAAUUGACCCAUCCAAUCACCAUCACUGUAUUCAGCAUCACACUCCUUUCUAUCUCACCAUUUUGAUCAAUAAACCAAAGCUUCUCUCUCUCUCUUUGGUCCUUUUUCCAUCACUAGGAGGAUUUCAAAUUGGUCAUUGAGGGUGGCUCAAAAGCUCUGCUUCUGGUCAAACGGGACAAAGUGGAUCUCACUCAUAUGAAGAGACUUUCAACUUUGGUGGAUGGGUUUUUGGUUCUUGCAUUGUUCAGUUGUAGCACAUGGACAGUGUGGAGCAGCUCAUGCUGCAAUCAGAUAAACUCGUACGAAGUCCGGCCUCACAGUGUCAGUAUUACUGAAUUUGGAGCUGUUGGCGAUGGGAUCACUCUCAACACAAUAGCAUUUCAGAAUGCCAUCUUCUACCUAAAUUCAUUUGCGGACAAAGGUGGAGCCAAGCUUUUCGUCCCGGCUGGCCGGUGGUUAACAGGAAGCUUUGAUCUCAUCAGUCAUCUAACUUUGUGGUUGGACAACGAUGCAGUAAUUCUUGGAUCAAUGAACUCUGACGACUGGCCAGUUGUGGAUCCUCUACCAUCAUAUGGUCAUGGAAGGGAGUUGCCGGGUGGAAGGCAUAGAAGCCUCAUUUAUGGACGCAAUUUAACUGAUGUUGUCAUAACAGGUAACAAUGGAACUAUAGAUGGUCAAGGGAGUAUCUGGUGGAACAAUUUUUGGAACAAAACACUGAAUUAUACACGUCCUCAUUUGGUUGAGUUGAUGAAUUCAACUGGGGUUCUCAUUUCAAAUGUAACUUUCAUGAAUUCACCAUUUUGGACUAUUCACCCUGUAUACUGCAGCCAUGUAACAAUUCAGAACGUCACAAUCAUUGCUCCUCUUAGUUCACCAAAUACAGAUGGCAUUAAUCCAGAUUCUUCAGACAAUGUAUGCAUUGAAGACUGUUAUAUAAGCACCGGUGAUGAUUUAAUUUCCAUCAAAAGUGGAUGGGAUGGAUAUGGCAUUUCAUUUGGUCGACCCAGUACAAAUAUUAACAUCCGCAGGCUCAUUGGGAAGACAACGAGCGCAGGGAUUGCUAUCGGAAGUGAGAUGUCUGGAGGAGUAUCAGAAGUUCAUGCAGAAGAUAUUUACAUUUUUGAUUCACAUAGCGCAAUUAGAAUAAAAACUUCUCCUGGCAGGGGUGGUUAUGUUAGAAAUGUCUAUAUCUCUAACAUGAUCUUGGUUAAUGUAGAUAUUGCUAUUAGGUUCACUGGUUUAUAUGGAGAACAUCCAGAUGACACUUAUGACCCAGAUGCUCUACCGGUAAUAGAAAGGAUUACUAUCAAGGAUGUGAUAGGGGAAAAAGUCAAACGUGCCGGCCUUAUACAGGGUAUUAAAGGUGACAACUUUGUCAAUAUCUGCCUAUCAAACAUCACCCUUAAUGUGAGCAAAAAAUUGCCAUGGAACUGCUCUUACGUAAAAGGAUACUCUGACUUGGUUUCACCAGAAGCGUGCGAGCCUCUCAGAGAAAGAAUAUUCCCUGAGCAUUGUUCAGACUGUUACUAUUUACCAAACCACUUGAAGAGUUUGAGUAAUCAAAACUGGGGUGCUUGGUUACUGUCUUAGUAAAUUAUGGAGUUUAGAUAUUCAAGCAACCAAACUUAUAGCUGCAAUUUGAUUGGUGGAUUUUUUCAACAGGACAAAAUUUACCCGACGGAAGUUGAAUGGUGUUGCUGAUCUGCAGAAUGAUACCGAGAGAUAAUUGUUUCUUGUAACUGGUGUGCAGUAGCAAAUAAUUGAGUGAUUUAUCAGAAAUAUGAAUAUGAAUGAUUUCAUGUCUUGCUUUCCUAGGUACUUGUUAUUUUGGAGAAGUAAAAUGAAAAUAUGAAAAUUGUUUCCAUUGAUUGAAAACAAAUAAAGACAAAAAUGUCAUUGAUUGUUGAUAGA